AUGGCAUCCGCCGUCGCCACUAGCUCGCCGGCCGCAAUGUCCUACGGCUGGCUCGGCCCGCGCCUCUCCUUCGGCCGCGACUCUGCUUCCCCCGCUGCUUCCUCGUCGGCAGCAGCGGAUCACGGGCUGGUGUCGGCCUGCAAGGCGGAGCAGGCCGCCGCGGUGUCCAAGGAGUUCAUCGACUUCGAGUUCAGCUUCGGCGGGUCGGGGACCAUGCUCCCCGCCGACGAGCUGUUCGCCGACGGGAAGCUGCUGCCGCUCCGGCCGCAGCCCGUCGCGGAGGCGGCGCCGGAGGCCGAGCGGGAGCCGCAGAGCGCGCCUGCAGCAGCGGAGAUCCCGGCGACGCCUGAGCUGGUGAGGACGCUCCGGCCCUCGAUGCCGGAGGCGUUCGACCCGUACGUGUUCUCCCCCAAGGCGCCGACGUGCUCGAGCCGCUGGCGGGAGCUGCUCAGGCUCAGGAAGGUGCAGACCCCGCAGAAGCCGCCAGCGUCGCCGUCUACUUCGCCUUCUCCGUCGCAAGUGCCGGCGACCCCGUCCAGAGCGUCCAACUCCUCGGCGGCCAGGUCACUGAAGCUGCUGCUCCUGCAACGGUCCGGCGGCCGCGCGUCGGACCUCUCCGCGGCGCCGCUCCUCCGCGACAGCUCCGACUCGGAGACAUCCCUCUCCCUCGCCUCCUCCCGCUUCUCCAUGUCCUCCUCGUCCUCCUCCUCCGCCCACGACCACGACGACUUCCCGCGCCACUCCGUCGACUCGGUGGACCUCGCCCCGAAGCCGCGCAUCCGCCUCGUCCGCUCCCAACCGCAGCAGCGCCAUUGCCACCCGCCCGCCUCCGCGCCACCCCGAGCCUCGCACAGCAGCUCCGCCCCGCCGCGGGCCACGCACAGCCCCGCGCGUCGCCGCCCCGCCACCCCGCCGCCGCCUUCCGUGGCGUCCGUGGACUCCCCGCGCAUGAACUCAUCCGGCAAGAUCGUGUUCCAGGGGCUCGAGCGCAGCUCCAGCUCCCCCGCCGGCAGCGCCCACUCCAGCCUCCGGUCCCGGUCGCGCGUGAUGGACCGGUCCUACUCCACGCCGGUGGUUCUCAACGUGCCCGUGUGCUCGCGGCCGUCGUUCGGGUUCUUCAAGGACAAGAAGGACGUGGCGGCCAAGGACGCGGCGGCGGCGAGGCUGCGGUCGUCGCUCGGCCGGAAGACCGCCCACCCCGCCGGAAACAGCAGAGUGAGUUGCAGAGAUCUUGUCUCCAGCAAAUGA